CGCCACUCGUACGGAAACUUUUCCCCCGCCGUGCCGUCACGGUCCGUUAGCGGGGCUGCGCUGGGCUGAGCCGAGCCAGGAAGUUUCUCCCCGCGGGCGCUGGCCCGGAGCAACUUUCCCGCAAGGUCCCGGGGCGGCCGCAGCCCCCCGCUGCCCGGGGGCCGUACGGGAGAAACGCGAGGAGGAGCUCGGUUCGGGGGAGGGGGGGAUGAAGCCGGGGCGUGGGUAAGCCGCUCCCUUCUUCUUCUUCUUCUUCUUCUUCCUCCUCCUCCUCCUCCCCUCCCCCUCCCCGCCCCGGCUGCUCCAGUCUGGCAGCCAGGCGGCCGCUGCCUCCGGCCGGAGCCGCUGCAGUUCGGAAGCGCCCCCGGCCCCCGCGCUGCCGCCGGGAUGGGGACGCUGCCGCCGGCUCCCAGUCUCCUGCUCCUCCUGGCCGGCGCCACGGGGCUCUGCCGGGCUUUCUUCUUCCUCCCGCUCCGUGUGUCCCAUCCGGCCGUCCCCGGCGGGUCUCCGCCAGCCCCGGUGGUGUUGCGGCCGGGGAGCGGCAGCCGGCAGCAGGACUCCCUUGGUGGCGCGGACGGCUUGGCCUUGGCCUCGGAUCCCGGCGGCACCCUCAACUUUUUAGCUAUGGUGGAGAAUCUUCAGGGGGACUCUGGCCGCGGCUACUACCUGGAGAUGCUGAUCGGGACCCCGCCGCAGGCGUUAAAUAUUCUGGUUGACACUGGGAGCAGUAAUUUUGCUGUAGCAGGUGUGCCUGAUGCUGAUGUCACCUCCUACUUCAAUACCGAGCUGUCAAGUACGUACAAAUCUCAAGGGAUUGAUGUUACAGUUAAGUACAGUCAAGGAAGCUGGAGUGGAGUGCUGGGUACAGAUGUCGUUACUAUCCCAAAAGGAAUCUAUGGCAGCUACACCAUCAACAUUGCUACCAUUCUUGAAUCAGAAAAUUUCUUCUUACCAGGGGUUAAAUGGCAUGGGAUUCUUGGUCUUGCCUACGAUGCUUUAGCCAAGCCUUCGAGUUCUGUGGAGACGUUCUUUGAUUCUCUUGUGAGGCAGGCAAAGAUCCCCAACAUUUUCUCCUUGCAGAUGUGUGGUGCUGGGCUGCCCGUUUCUGGAAGUGGUACCAACGGAGGUAGUCUUGUUCUGGGUGGAAUUGAACCAAGUCUGUACAAGGGUGAUAUUUGGUACACACCAAUCAAAGAGGAGUGGUAUUAUCAGGUUGAAAUUCUCAAACUGGAGGUUGGAGGACAGAACCUCAAACUGGACUGCAGAGAGUAUAAUGCCGAUAAAGCGAUUGUAGACAGUGGAACCACGCUCCUCCGUCUGCCCGAGAAAGUCUUCAGUGCUGUUGUGCAAGCAAUAGCUCGCACAUCCCUGAUACAAGAAUUCUCUUCUGGUUUCUGGACUGGUUCACAGCUUGCAUGCUGGGAUAAAACUGAAAGACCCUGGUCCUUAUUUCCCAAACUCUCCAUUUACCUGAGGGAUGAAAACUCCAGUAGGUCGUUCCGGAUCUCUAUCCUACCACAGCUUUAUAUUCAACCCAUCCUUGGAAUAGGAGAGAAUUUACAGUGCUACCGAUUUGGCAUCUCUUCUUCCACUAAUGCUCUAGUUAUUGGCGCUACAGUCAUGGAAGGCUUCUAUGUAAUAUUUGACAGAGCCCAGAGGAGAGUGGGCUUUGCAGUGAGUCCAUGUGCAGAAGUUGAUGGCUUUCCAGUAUCUGAGAUUGAAGGCCCUUUCACAACAGCAGAUGUUGCAAGCAACUGUGUUUCUAGCGUUUCUUUCCAUGAACCAGUGUUGUGGAUUGCCUCCUAUGCUCUUAUGAGCCUAUGUGGAAUUAUCCUCCUUGUACUGAUCAUCCUGCUGCUUAUUCCACCACGGUGUCAGCAUCGCUACACCGACAAUGACGUGGUCAAUGACGAAUCCUCCUUAGUGCGUCAUCGAUGGAAAUGAGAAACUUGAUUGUGAAACCUGGGACUUAAACAGAAUGAAGAACAAUACAAGGGGAAGAAGCCAAUGCCUCAGUCCUUUUUACGUUCAUUACAAAUUGCUGUUGAAAUCCCACCAAAUAUCCUGGAUCAUAACUUUUUAAGCUUUAUUUUCUAACACUGAUUCUGGACCAAAGCACUGUUAACCACCUCUUAAGUGCUAUGGUACUGGAUUUGCUACUGCAGUACAAUGAGCCUUUAUGCUCUCAAUAGUACCUUCUUUAAAAAAAAAAAAAAAGGAAAAAAAAAGUGUCUGAACAAAAUUGUCUGUCCCCCUUUCACAAAAAAAGGAGCUGUCAGUAUUUUCUAACUAAUCAAGCCCUGACUGUAGAAAAAAAACCACCUUGACAAUCUUUCUUAUUAAUUGCAUUAAAUGAAUACUGCUUUCUGUUUACAUCAAUUCAUUUUGAAACUGUCCUUAUGGUGUGGGGGAGGGAGACAGGUCAGACAAGCAGCAGAGAAAAGCAAAUGAGGUCAAGAAGACAUUUUGGUUUGUGUUGGGUUUGUUUUUUUUUUCCUCAAGAUCACUGCUGCCACUUGAGAGGGUCACCCUUCCUGAGAGUAUUACAAAAUAGUUUGAGGAGGUGAAAACUGGGAAACUUGUUCAGCCUUAGUGUAAAACAAGACUACCUCUCUUAAUUUACAGGGAUGCUACCACUGGUAAGCAUUUGGCUUAGAACUGGUCUUGAAGCACAGGACACUCCAUACAACUGAAUGCAACUCCUUGGCUUCAAAGUAGUGGAUCUUAUAAAUAUUAGCACUUCAUGACUUUCCACUUUGGUGCACAAAAAAAAAGCCUUUCACUUUUCCCCCUGAUGUGGGUUGUUCUGGGAGUUUGUUGGGUUUUUUUGAGUUAAGGAUGACUGAUAUUUAGAAAAGACUAGUCUGCAUAUGUAUGGACAGAUAAUAAAGCUAAGGUCCAGGUUCUACCAUGGUUUUUUGGUGUUUCUAUUGUGUGCGUAACAAAAAGGAAAAAACAAAGUAAGAAAGUCAACCUUUUUUUUUUUUGUUGUUGUUGUAUGAGCUCAGCAGCCUGGAAGUUCAAGGAAAAGUAUCUGUCUUUAUGGACAGAUUGUGAAGUGAAAGUCUUAAUGCUGUAAUGCUGGUAAUCUGGCUUGGUUUUCAACUUGAACAGCAGUUGGAAGUGUUUAGUUUAGCUUCAACGGUUUGUCAAUCAAAUGAAGUGUGUACCGACUGGCUGAAAACAAACAUGUCGUAAGACUUGAAAACAAUAGUGGGAGAGAGCAGAGAAGAAUAUAUUUGACCAGACCUCCAUUGUGCAAGCGAAGAUCUUAAUGCUGAGGUCGGAACAUGGUAUUUUCUUUGCAAAUAGGACAAUUUUUCUUGUAUCUAGGCAGUGAGCACUGCAGCACCUCCAUUGCUUUUCUACAACACUGGCAUAGUGAGUUUGAAAGAUAAACAAUGCAAGGUUGAGGAGUCCAGGGAUAACUGUUAGUUAUCUGGGUGGGUGGUGUUGUUUUGGGGUUGUUUUUUUUUUAAAAAAAGGAAAAAUUCCUUUGCAUUUUGAUAGCACAGCAGUUUGCAUAUUUGUGUGGGAAACAAGGAAAAAAAAAAAAAAGGAAGCUUAGCUCUGAAUCUCCCAAUUCCUUGCCUAGAAAAUUUUUUGCCUGUAAUCCUUUCCUACAGCUUUCAGAUUCACACUGCCUCUGCAUCUGCCUCUGCAUGGAAUGAGCAAAGAUUUCUUUUUCUCAGGAAUAGUGCUUUUACAGAGGUGCACAUAAUGUGCGUGAAAAUAAAGCACUGUUGGUUUGUGUUUCUUUUUUUUAACUAACUUGUGUAUUUCACUUCAUAACUGGAAGCGCCUAUGGUUUUCUUUCCUUUUUAAUUCUUGCGCUUUCAGAUUACCUGGCUGAAUAGAGUAAAACAAUUAAUGAUGUGAUAAAACAUCUGAAAAUUAUUUCUCUUGGAAUUAGGAUGUUGGAAAUAGGAGGAAAUAGUUUGCCUUCUUUAUCCUCUGCCUCUUAGUUUUUUAGAGGAGGAAAAUGAUGAAUCAUAAGAAAUGUAAGAAACUAUAGAGCUUAGGUGUUUUCUCCAUAUUCUAUUUUCCAUAUAUAUCUUUCUUUAUGUCUUAGAAUUAGAAUUUUUAGUACACAUUAUAACAAGAAGAAAUUCCCUUGAGUUUUUCUUAAGGCAAUAGACUUUGCUCUGAAGAUAGCAAUGUUUCCAAUUCCGUGAUGUAGUUCUGUACCAUCCUCCUGGGUUUGGUUUUACACAUAAAAAAUAAUUUCAAAAUUGUAUUCCUUUUUUCUACAGUGUGGUAAUAUAAAUAAUGCUUCUGUCACCUGUUUCAAACAGAAACACAGUGUGAAUAUUUGGAUUGAUACAGUGUAAACAAUGAGCCCUUUUUCAAUUCAGAACGUAGUAACCCUUGUAUGCUCUUAAAAUUACUUUUUAACUGCUUCCCUCUCCCCAGCCCCUCCUAUCUCCAUACCAUAAAGAGUAUUAGGAAGGAAUUUAUUGGGAAAGGUUCCUAGUAUGCUUUCUAAUGACAAGCAAGAUUUCUUCUGAGUCAUUUAACAAAGUCUUUUUAGUACGCUAGAUUUCAUAUAAAAGCCUUUCAGUUUUACCUUAUCACUUUGAAUGUCAUUGGUCAAGACAUUUUAAUAGAAAGACUUGAAUUAUAGGAGCAAUAAUCAAGUAGCACAAAUGAAAUAGUAAUAUAUUCUUGAGUUUUCAUGGCAUCCCUUGCCACUAAAAUUUGGCUUAUAGUAAAAAUGCUGUUAGCGACAUCUGCUAGCGGCACAAACUUCAUCUCAGCUUGUAAAUUGAUACUUAGACUGGCAGAUAUUCAGGUGAGUAUUGCUUUGUUGCUCUGGCAACAAGAAGAGCAAUAGAAACCCUUGAGGAUUCAUUUUUAGCCUACAGCACAUUAAGAAAAAUAAUGUUCUUGAGCAUUUUUUUAUGAAAGAUGAAAUACCAUGACAGACUGCAGUGUUACCAAGUGUAUCUUACUGGUGAUCUCUUUCCCUGAUUUCUUUUUAAGGGAGAGUGCUGUGAGGUAUUUUAUGCUCUCUUAACUAACUUCAGUGAUAAGAUUUAAAAAAAAAAGGGGGGGGGGGGGAGUGAACAACCAGAGUGUUGAGUAAAGAUGGUGCUGGAAAAUAUUCUCUAUUUAUUGUGGAAGACAGGAUGCUCCAAAUCACAGCACUCUUAAAUCAUUCUUUGUACAUGUAUCAAUAUUUCUUGCAGUGUUCUCCUAAUGUGAAUGUAACAUCAUGUACUAUGAAAAUGUCAGAAAGCCGUGUUCUAUUGGAUGCAGCCUUUUAGAUAAUUGAUGCUAUCAAUGCAAUCAUUAGGGAUUUGAAGAUGUGUCAUUUCAGUUCAAGUAGUUAAACCUGAGUUCAGGCAUGGGAAUAUGUUAGUUCUAUCCCACUGCCUUCCCGAGUUUUAGAAAUAUUAUCAUGGGCUUUUUGGCUUAAUUUAAAUGCUAAAGAAAAUAGAUAAAGAAUUUUAAUAAGCCUUUUUUUCAGGUUCUGUAAAAGUAGUUAGGUAGAGGGUAUUGUGUUUUUAAGGUGAAAAAGCUUGCAUUUAGGAUUUGUAUGUCGGAUCAACCUGAACGCAAUAUACCAAGGCAGUGUACCAUUCCAGUUCUCAGCUCUGAGGCUGUGCAGGUUAACUAGUGGUAAUCUCAGAGCUAUCGGUUUUGAUACCUUUUUCACAUCAGUUGCUUAAUUACAGUUAACUCUUUAUCAGCUAAAGUUGACCUUUAGGUAUUCCACCCAGUUACUUGCUAUGUGUUGGCUGGCUAUGUUUCAUUGAAGGAUGAGCCAUUUGUAUACUAACCUUUUCCUUUUAAAUAUGAAAAAGCUUAUGAGACUUGCUUGACACGGCACGUUUCCAGAGAGAGUGGUCCUUAAAUUUUCUGAUAAUCCAAAAUGAUUGUGCUGCUGAAAGCUUCUUUGAUCUCUGUAGAGGUUUCCAACAACUGGACUGGUUGAUUGUCAUAUCCUGAUCUCAGAUGUGAGCCUCAUAUAUAUAAGCAGUAAUAUGAGUUGCAUAAUGAAGGGCACUGGUACAAUGACCUAUGGAGGUAAAAGUAAAGGAAAUUAUGGAAAGAGAAGUAAGCUACCCUUAAUUUCACUUCAUUAAAAAUUGUAAGAGCAUAAAGGAUUGAUCCUUUUAAGAAAGGUCUGUAAAAUUUACCAAGACAUUAGUUCCUGUCAAACUUGACUCUUUGAUUGAUAAAUUGUUCAUUUCUGGCUGCUGAAGUUCUUGCUGCUGUUCAGAGAAGCAAAGACAGAUUGGUAAUGGGGUACAAGCAAUCUUCUGAGCCAGUCAGAUUUUCUGGCUUCUGGGGCCUAAUUAGAUGCUAGGCCAGGCUUGUGAGUAAUCCAGAGUCCUGGUAACGGCUCCUCAGGAACGUUACCUGAAAUAUAAUCGUUGGCUUCAGCUGAACCCAUGGAUAAGAUGGGUCUGUACCACAGCACUAACUGACAGAGGGGCUACAGUGAGCUGAAACUGGCUGAUGGUUGUCAAAUGUGGAGAUGCUAAAUAAUUGAGUCUUCUACCAGGCUUCCAGAUCAAGGCUGAGGGUUCUUGGUAGAGGAAAAUGGGAGAGCGACUACAGGUGCUGACAAGCUGCUGUAAGUGUAACAUCAGUCAGUCACCUGGCUUCUUGGGUAAGGGUUCAAUUGUCUGAAUAUUUUGAAAGCUAGUGUACUUUAAGGUGCCUGUUGCAGUUACUGGGAAUUAUCCACACACACACAAGUGAGUAAGGGGCACAGUCAUCUUCAAGUAGAAUUAUUGGCCUCUCCAUAUUGCAAAGAGCAUAGUGAUAUGUCUUACCCUGAGCAAUAGUAUAUUUGUAAGCAACAAAACAGGCUAUUUUAAAACAUGUUGACAUUGGUGACUGUACAGUAGUCGUGAAGGGUUCUCCUUUUCAUUGUAGCUAGGCUUUAGCUGGAUCUUUGUGGUCAGGUAACAUUUUAAAUACUGGGAGGUUUAGAUUAGACUAUGAAGGCACAUACAGAAUUCUUUUAAGCUAGCCAAAAAGUAAAACACAGAAGGUAAUUGUCAGCAUUUAAAAGAAAGUAGCCCUCAGUAAGUGUUCUCUCCUUUUGACUGAUGAUAAUCACUUGCAACCGAUGUAUUUGAGUAUAGCUGCUGUCCUACUAAUUCACUGGCUUCAAGUCUUUUUUUUCUUAUUGUCUUCUGGCCUCCUUAUUCCCUCCCCCAAAAAAAGUUCCUAAAAGCUGAAGACCCCUGUACGCAAAAUUCAGCCUUCUAACAAAAGAUAUGUUCUUCUUGGUGACCAUUCACAAACCUGUUUUAAAGUAGCUUGUAAGGCUUUAGAAAUUAAGUCUAGAUUGAAAAUACUUGUGUUAUUAUUAGGAGGAGAAUUAAAGCCAAAACUUCAUCUAUAUCAGUGGUCCCCAAAUUUGUGUGCAAAGAACUCCUUUGUGCAUUUGACUACAUUUCCUAGACCUCUUUUUCUUCACACUUGGAAAUACUUAACUGCUUGGUCUUCCCCACUGGUCCUGUACAUUCUCCUUUGUCUGUCCUUAUGAAAUACAGGGGUGGAGAGGAGGACCACAAGGUGCUGUGAAACUUAGUGCCAUUCCCAAGGCAGAUGAUAGCCCCCUCCUUGAAGGCCUUGCUGUUUUUUGUCCUACCGCCAACUGCAGUGGACCCUUACUGUCUGUUGGCUCUUCUUGGUGAGUGAGACACUUCUGCUUUUAACAGUUGAGCAAUGCAGCCUGCUCUGAUUUUACAGUGAUACAUACUUAGGCAAAAUAGUUGAAUAAACUGCAUUGUUUGUAACCAUCCUCUCAUCACAUCCCUCUUUGAGGAAGGAAAUUUUCAUAGGGCCGUGUCAAACCUGUGAAGGGUAUGUUUAUUUUCUGUGUUGUUAGAGAGGAAUUAUAUAGCUGAAUGUUUAAAUGGCCGUAUUUGCAACGUAGCUGUCCUUUGGAAAAUUCUGGAGGGAAGAAAUGAACUCAAAGUCACGUUGAAGUGGUACUGAAAAGACAACUGGCAGUUUCUUGAUAGCACCAAGGCAUGGAUUACUGCAAUAUAUCCUGGGCAAAAUGGCUUUGCUAGCCAAUACUCUGUGUGUGCAUAAGCUAUACAAGACUGACUGUUUAAAUAAGAUAUGUCUGAAACAAGCCGUUCACAUUUUUUAUUGAAAAUUUUAUAUGGAGAUGCAGAAAUCUUUUAACACUACAUCAGCUGUUAUUUGAUAGUUAUUUAGGAAGCGUGGAAAGGAUUUCACCUUUAAGGAAGUAAGUCCAUCUUGUAGAGGCAUUUCUUCACCUGAUUUUUAUGGGUUUUUUAAUAGACAAUGUUUUUAACAUUGACUGAGAGGAAAAUGGGAUCAAAACUUUGAAAAAAAGGGGUAUAGUCUUUUUAACUCAGUCUUCAGGUGAUGUUAGGAAUCUAUCCCACUUAACUGUCAAGCCUCAUUACUGAAUUUUCCAAGAAUUGAUACUUUGUACUUUCAGGUCUUGCCAUUUUCAGAUAAACACUAUGUAAAAAAUCAAAUUUUGUGCUGCUUAAAAUAAAUGAUUAAUUCUUUCAACCUA